GCGAGGACCCCGAGGCGUACGUCGCGACGCACGUCGGCGACGUCUACCCGCCGCACUCGCCGCCGCACGCGCCGGAGUGGGGCGACAAGCUCUCGGACGAGGCGCUCACGCGCUUCUGCCGGCACGGCAUGGGCGCGCACAGGGUGGAGGCGCUCGAGGAGGCCGGGCGGCGCGUGUUCGCUGUCCGGACGAACGCGCUCGCCGCGCUGCCGACACUUCCUAGACGUGCGCCGAUGAUGCGGCGCUGCCCAACGCAUGACGUCAACGCCGAGUCGUCGACCAGUAUAGGCGCAGACGCGUACUUUGACGAAUCCUGGCGCGUGCUACGCAUCGAGCGGUGCGAGCCCGCCGGAAGCGCCGCGGGACGCGUCGGGCCGAGCGGCGCCGCGCGCGGCUUCGAGGCGCGCCAGCUGACGACGCGCACCUUCUACCCGGACGGCGACCCCGCGGCGUGGGAGUACGCGAAGUUCUGCGUGCGCUCCUCCGUCUUCACGCUCGUGACGGCGCCGCGACGUAGCCUAGCCGAGAUCCAGCCGAGGCCCGCCCAGGUCGUCGACCACCUCUUCGAGCUCCACCUCGACCUCUCGACGGCCGCGGCCGUGGCUCUUCGCGAGACGCUGUCCGCCUCGCACCCGCUUCGGCGGCUCCUCACGCCCUUCCUGCACCAGACCAUCACCGUCAACGACCGAGCGCACGACCUGCUCGUCGCCGAGCGCUCGAUGGUGUCACGCACCCUCGCCUUCACCGGCGAGGGCCUCCAGCUCGCGUGGGACGCAGCGCCGUCCCUCGUGUGCGCCGCGGCGAUGCAGCCAGGCGGCGCCGCGGCCGAGCUCUCCGGCGCGUCGCCCUUCGAGCGGCUCAUGCACAUCGUCGACCGCGAGCGCUACCUCGAGGCGCGACGCGCCGGCGGCGUCGACACGCCGUACGAGCGGCAGGCGGGGCGGCUGUACCGCGUCUUCAAGGCGUACGUUGAGGCCUCGCUCCGGGCCGUGUACCCGACCGCCGCAAGCCUCGCCGCCGACGCGGAGAUGACCGGCUUUGCGGAGGGGCUGCUGCGCUCGCUCUCCACCACGGCGCCGCUCGUCGCUCAGCCGGGGGCGGGCAGCGCGGGCGGGACGCACGAGGUGGUCGCCGUGCGCGGCCUGCCGCCUCCGCAGCUGGCGGAGCUCUGCACCUGCCUCAUCGCGACGGUGUGCGACCGUGUGACCGCGGGGCACGAGCAGGCGGGCCACCUCGCCGUGUACGCGAAGGACGUCCGCUUCUGUGCGUGGCGCUGGCCGGUGGGCGAGGCGCGCGGCAACAAGCAGUCGGCCAUCACACAGGCCAUCCUCACCUCCUUCACCUUCAUGCCGAUGCCAAAGCUGCUCGCCGCGCCCGGCUCCGAGGAUGACUGGUCGCACCUGUUUGGCGGUGUGGCGGGGGAGGAGGGGCUGCGCGCGAGCUAUGCCGACUUCCAGCGCGAGCUGAGGGCCCUCGCGGACGACUUUGACGCGUACAACGCGGCCGCGCCGACGAGGCCGUUCCCAGACGGCUGGGGGCUCUGGACCAACCACCCGGCCCUGCUCGAGGUGUCUGUGAACUUGUGACUUGUGCGACAAGCUGGAGCAUUGUUGUUUCUUGUUGUCGCGGCGCCACUUGGUUUAAAGUCACGUCAUU